UCCACGCCCCCCUCCUCUCAUCCUCACAUCUCGAGACCUCUCCGUGCAUUCAUUGAUUCACAAGCGCUUACAUUAAAACGAACCCGGAGCCUCGUCGCCUGUCCGAGCCGCGGGCUGCUCGCACCCCUGCACCCAGAACGUCGUGUUCCCUCGGGUCCAACAUGACCGCCAAGCACCGGAAAGGAAAAGGGAGCCCGAAGAAUGAGGACAACUUUCUCAAGCCUGAAGUUGUGGAGUCGGACGCUCGUCCCGGCGGCAGCACACACGGUCACACGGUUUCUCUCGGUUUGAUCCUGGUGGUGGCGAUCGGCGGUUUGGUGGGACUUUGGAUUUGUUUCCAGCAGCACCAAACUUUAACAGAACUGACGGACAGCCUGGAGGCCCUGCAGCUCAAGGUGGUCCAGCUCCAGUCCUCACACGCAGAGCUGAGACAGUCCAGUGACAAGCUCCACGCCUCCCAGAGCCUUGAGACCCGUCUGACUGCUCUGGAAGACUCUUGUGCACUGGCCCAGAAGCAAGUCAACAUGGCACUGGCGACAUCAGAGCCAUCCAAAGUGUCUGAUCUUUCCACCCAGGUGCUUUCGCUGCACACUGAGAUGACGGCUCGGCUGGCAGAGCUAGAGAAAACCGCGCUGACUCCAGAUGAGCUGAAGGAGAAGAGUGAGGAGAUGGAGCAGGUUCGGGCCCAGGUGGAGGGUCUGACGGCUCUCAGCACGGAGCUGUCUCAGCAUGUGGAAGCCCUCAGGGUUAGCCAGGCGGAGGCAGAGGCGAAGCUGGAAGGAGGCGUCGGUCAGGUCGCUGUGCUGAGCGCCACAGUGGAGGGACAGACUGCUGAGGCGCUCAGAGUCAAGGAGCAGCUGGACUCUUUUCAGGCUCAGUUGGAGGCCAACGCUCUGGAAGUGGCUGGUGUCAGAGCCGCACUGGAGGAAGAUCAUUCCCAGCAGCGCCGGCAGGCAGACUCAGAGGAACAGAUUGUGGCAGUUCGUGAGAAUCUGCUGCAGCAGAAGUCUGAAGUUCAAAAGUUCCACGUGGAAGUCUGGGCAGAGCUGGAGCACAUCCAGAGGCAGAUUCUGCAGCUGCUGGCUAAACCUCGAGCUGUGCCUGAAGCUGUGAAGGAACCUGAGGAGGCUGAAGAGGAGGCGGUGGAAACGGUGACAGAAGAAGCUGAAGUUUCAGCAGCUGCAGGAAAUGACAAGGAGGAAGAUGCUCUGGUCGAAGCCGAGGAGGAGGAAGCUGAGGGGGAGAUGGAAGAGGAAUCGGAAGUCGAACCUGAGAAAGAGGAAGUGCCGCAGGAGGAGGUGGAGGAGGUGGAAGUAGGAAGAGCAGAAGAGCAGGAAACAGGAGGAGCAGACUCUGAAGAGGAGCGGGCAGAUAAUGGAAGAGAGGAUGAGGAAGAAACACUGGAGGUGUCAGUACCUGAAGAAGAGAAUGUCACGGUCCAGGAUGCAGCAGCUCGAGAGGAGAGUCAGGGUGAUGAGGACUCUGAGCCACUGGAAUGGAAUGAUGAUGAUGAUGAUGAUGAGGAGGAGCAUUGACAGCAGGGGAAAUGGAAACACAAAAGGUUCGUCUUCACCCAGAAGAGAAGAGGAUCUUCAGGAGACUAAGUCAUGCAAUACCACACACGGAGCUGUUGACAAUCUGUGAAUGUUUUGUACAGAAUAAACGGCGACUCACAAGUCAGGGAUUUAAUGAUACGCAGGGUUUACGUGCCAACCCGAGCAGCCUUAAUGACUUCAAGUCUUUUUAAGAAAUCUUUCCUGCUGUUUAUUACUGCUAGUGUUUGUUUUGGGUUUAUUUUUGUUUGUUUUUUUCUAUAGGAAAAUAUGUGCAAGAGCCUCAGCACAAUCUUCAAUAAAGAACUGAA